AAGGAUAUUAGGGUUCAAUGAGUAAACUUCAGGGAAGUCCAACAAAGGGAGAAAGAGAGAGAAAGAGGUACUAAAUGGCUUCCAGAGCAAAGAGACAGAAUGGGGACCAGCGUACUCUCCCUAAGCUGAGAGUCAUCCUCCUGGGGAGGGAUUGGCUGGAUAAGAGUCAAACAGGAAACACCAUCCUGGACAGGAAGCUGUUUGACACCAGGAGGGGCGUGGAGAUGUGUGUGAGGCGACAGAGUCUAGUGGAUGGCCGGCAGGUCACUGUGGUCAACACAUCAGACAGAUGCAUCCAGUACUCUGUGCAGGACCCUCUCCUUGUCCACCAUAACAUAGAAGCCAGCAUAUCCAUGUGUCAACCAGGUCCCCAUGCCUUCCUCAUGGUCAUCCCUUUGAACUCACGCAAAGGCAGGGAAUGGACAGUAGAGGGCCCCCUCAAGCUUCUCAACCACAUACUCUGGAGACACAUGAUGGUAGUGUUUACCCAAUGUGAGAAACUCAGGGGAAUGUCACUAGAGGAACACAUAGCGAGACAUGGGUUUCUCCAGGAGAUGGUGGAGAAGUGUGGGCAUAGGUACCAUGCUUUAAACACUAGGGCCAACACAUGGGGUGAUGAUGUCACUCAGGUCCCAGAGCUGCUGAGGAAGAUAGAUGAAAUGGUGGCAGGUGGUCCUGCUUAUGUUGUCAUGAAUGAGAAGUUUUCAAUGGCAAUUGAAGUUAAGAGGAUGGCAGAGGAGGAGAGGGCGAGUUUGAGACGGAUGAAGGUACAGAGACAGAGGGAAACACUCAGAUCUCUGCUCAGGGGUAAGUCCCACCAACUAUCUGAAGCUGAACAGAGAAUCAUGAUAGUGGGACCUCGAUUGGUUGGGAAGAGCUCAUCUGGAAAUAGCAUCCUGGGUAAGAAAACCUUUGAGGUUGGACACACGACUUCACACAGUGUGAAAAGACAGGGUGACAUCACCGUAAGACAAGUCACAGUGGUGGACACACCCGGGUGGCAUGGGCGAUACUGCACUGAGGACAGUCCUGAAGUAGUAAGAAUUGAGAUUACCCAAGGUGCAUCACUUUGUGCUCCCGAGCCGCACGCUGUCCUCGUGGUCGUACGCUGUGACGAAACAUUCACAGGGACAGACAGGUCAAGAGCAGAAGAAAAACUGAAUCUGAUUGGUCGGUCAGUCUGGAGUCAUGCUAUAGUGUUGUUCACCUGGGGAGACAAGCUUGGCGACACAGCCAUCGAACUUCACAUCGAGAGAUGGCCUGCCCUUCAGUGGCUUGUCGAUAAAUGUAGCAACAGGUACCAUGUCUUUGAUAACACAAGCCCGGCUGGAGGCCCUCAGGUCACAGAACUUCUGGAGAAAAUUGAGGAGACAGUGAUGGGAAACGAUGGUGAACACUGGCUCAAAAUGUACUGGGAGCUCAGGGAGAGCAAAAAGAAGUUGACAAAAAGCUCUGAGGAGAUUGGGGGAAGACUAGAGGAGGAAGAGAGGGAGAAUGACAAGCUUAAAAGGAUGAUUGAAGAGGAAGAGAGGAAAGUAGAGGAAAUAGAUAAGCGAUAUGAGGAGAAAGAUGGAAUGUUGAAAGAGAUGGAGCAGAGAAACACAAUGAGAGAAAAGGAGAUAGAAGACAGACAUUUGGAGUAUGAAAGAGAGAAGGAAUCCCUCAAACAAAUGUGUGUGGAGAAAGACAGAGCAUUGGAUCAGAUGGAGAGAAAGCAUGAAAGAGAAAGUAAAGAACUGAGAGACAGGAUAGAAAACCUGGAAAAGAGAAAGUCUGAAAGAGAAGAGGAGUUGAAUGCCAUGAUUGUUGAGAUACAGAAGGAGUUACAAGAUAAUAAACAAAGGUAUGAAAUGAAAGAGGUGGAGAUACCAAUGCUAGAGAGAGAUGUAGCGGAGCUUAAGCAGCAGAAUAAAGUGAGAGAAGACAUGGUCAACCAUGUGAAGAUUAAGGAGGAUCGAAUACAACUGCACAGAGUGGAAUCUACAGCACCCGCGGACAUGGUGGACAACUCUUAUCUAAAGACUCAACAUAUACAUUUGAGAAAGACACAGAUGUUGUCACAGAAGGAUGGUGAGAGGCAGAGGGACACAGCAGGACGAGAGCAGAGAGUUGGAGAUGAACAGAGAGAAGCACCAUGGUUGAAGAUUGGGGCAGCAGUACUGGGGGCAGUGGUUGGGGCCAUGGCUGGCUCUGUGAGGGCACCACUAAGUGCAGCCACAGGGACUACUAUAGGGGCUGCAGCAGGGGUUCUGCUGGGGAGUUUACUGAUACAAGAGGAAGAGGCCAGAGAUAAUAAAGUGGUGUCUGAUUCCCCUGAAUGCCCCUAUUUAAUAAAAAAUUAAAAUCAGGAUUGGUGGGUCACCAGCGGGACAUUUGAGCUAACGUAGGCUAAUGCAAUUAGCAUGAGGUUGUAAGUAACAAGAACAUUUCC